AUGCUUGGGGGACCACCCCCGGUGCCCAGGGACUCUCAGCCUCCCCCUUCGCACUACCCUCCUCCGGCGACCUCUGCCAGCUCCGGGCCGACGUUUGCACCGUCGAUCCAGGCGUCGCCUAGAAUGCACUCUGCGUCUUCCGAGUACCAGCCCUUCAGGAGACCUCAAACACCUGAGCAUGCUCGUCCUUACGAUCCGAGAGGUAGUGCCGCAGCAUCGCCGCAGGGUGCGUAUUCUACAACACCGGAGAUGCAGCGAUACGGUACACCACAGGCGUACCAUCAGCGGGGACCCUCCGCACAAGAUGGCAGAGACCCCAGCCGAAUGCCCCCGGGCCCUCCCCCGAGACCUACGAGCCAGCCCAAGUCUUUCGCGAGCAUGCCUCCGAGGCCUGUUGACAUGGGGCGUAACAACGGACCGGAAGAGAUGUAUGCUCGUCGCGAAGAAAUGCCUCGAGGUGCAAUGGAAUACAACCCUGAGAGGCCCGGUCUGAAGCAAAUGAAUUUUGACGAACGCUACCGCGCCGAGCGCGAGCGCCGAGAGGAGUUUGAGGAGGACGGGGACCUCCACCGCCGCAGGGCGAGUACCGUCCUCAGGAAGUUCCGCGUGGGCAGCCUCCGCCGUUCAGUCGCCCUCCUGAGCACCGAGAGCAAGGGCCGUGGCCACCGCGGCAGCCCCAGCCAUUUGAGCAGCAAUCCCGAGUUCCGUACGACCCUGCUGGCCUUCAUCCGCGACACCACGAAUAUCCUCCCACCUCAGCGCCAGGCUACCCGAAUCAAGGCCAUCCUGCGCCGGCUCCUCAGUACCCGCAGCCGCCUCCAGGAGAUCGCUAUCCCCCACAGGGUCAUCCCCAACAGCCUCCUCCCGGUCAACAACAAGCGCCUCCGCAGCAACCCUUCGAUUCUCCUGAGCGACAGCGAAUAA